GCCAAACAGAGAUAUGGGAAUUUUCACAAUGCUCUCGACCCCACUCUGCCUCCCGUUUUUCUUCCUCUGCCUUAAAACUACCUUCGCAUCCUCUUUACGUGCUUCUUCCUUCUCAACAACACGUCUCUGCUCUCAUGAGGAGGCUGCUGCUUUGUUGCAAUUCAAGACUUUCUUUUCCAUCAAUUACACUGUUUGUUAUACUAAUUAUUCUAGGACUGAGUCUUGGAAGGAAGGUAUAGACUGCUGCUCCUGGGAUGGGGUUAGCUGUGAUAAUGUCACAGGUCAUGUAAUUGCCCUUGAUCUCAGCUUCGAUUGCCUUUCUGGCACCUUUCCUUCGAACAGCACUCUUUUUCUCCUCAAAAACCUAGAGAGCCUCAAUCUUGCCUCCAAUGAUUUUAGGCUUUCCAAGAUUCCACCAGAAAUCAGUCAGUUUACUAGACUAAAGCAUCUUGAUAUCUCUGAUUCUCAAUUUUCGGGCCAAGUUCCAGCAGAAAUUGCUCACCUCCCCAAGUUAGUUUCUCUCAAUCUCUCUGAUUUGUUCACUUCUGAUUCUGAUAAAUUGAUCCUUGAAACAACUACCUUGAGAAAUCUUGUUCAGAAUUUGAGUGAAGUGAGAGAAAUUGUGCUUAGCGGAGUGAACAUGGCAUCUGUUGAUCCUUGUUUCUUCAUGAAUCUCUCUUCUUCAUUGACUACUCUUCAUCUUUUGGGUUGUCAAUUCAGAGGAAACUUUCCAAACAGUAUUUUCUGCCUUCCAAAUCUCAACAGGUUUUGUUUAAGUGGAAAUCGAAACCUCACUAUUGAUCUUCCAAGUUCCAAUUGGAGCAGUCCUCUCCAACGGUUGUAUUUAUAUGAUAUGCAUUGUGGAAGGCGAUUGCGAGAGUCUAUUGGAGAUCUAAAGUCAUUACAGUCUCUGACACUUGGCUGCAACUUGGAAGGUUCCAUUCCAGCUUCCAUAGGGAACUUAUCUCAACUUACUUACUUAAGCCUCUCUUAUAACAAUCUUAGCGGACAAAUCUCAUCAUCACUUGCAAACCUCACCCAACUUACCUCUGUUGACCUUUCCAAUAAUCAGUUUUCUGGUCCCAUUCCAGCUUCCAUAGACAAUAAUCUGUCCUUGAGAAUGAAUGUCACUGCCAACUUCACAUUACCCAAACUAACUGAUGUUUCUUUUUCUUCUUGUAACUUGAGUGAAUUCCCCAAUUUCAUUAGACAUUCAAAUGGUCUGCAAAGCCUAGUGCUAUCCAAAAAUAGCAUUCAUGGAAAUAUUCCCGAAUGGAUAUGUGAAAAGGAUGAUCUCCAAAUUCUUGACCUUUCUCAUAACAAUUUAAUCGGGAAGAUUCCAAAUUGUCUUCCUAAGUCUCUCUCAGUGUUGAAUUUGCAGGCCAAUUACUUUGAUGGAAAUAUACCAUUUGGGUUUCCAGAGGGCUGUGGAUUACGAAAUCUCAACUUACAUGGAAAUCAAAUGGACGGGCUAUUACCAAGGUGUUUGGUGAAUUGUAGCAUGUUAGAGGUUCUAGACAUUGGCAACAACAGCAUAGAGGAUACAUUUCCUCAUUGGUUGGAAUCUCUACCAGAGCUUCAAGUGCUUGUCUUAAGGUCCAACAAGUUCCACGGUUUUGUGCAGAGCACCAAAGAAAGUCCAUCUUUUCUUAGGUUACGAGUUUUGGACCUCUCCAACAAUGAUUUCCUUGGUCCUUUGCCUGUUCGGUACAUUGAAAAUUUUAAAGCGAUGAUGGACCUUUAUAGAGAUGAGGGUUCUCCUGAAUACAUGAAUGUCGGUUCUUAUCAAUAUUCACUGGUUGUGACAUGGAAGGGAGCCGAGCGUGAACUGCAGAAAAUCUUGACCGUAUUCAGUAGUAUUCAUCUCUCAAAUAACAAGUUUGAGGGAGAAAUUCCAGAUGUUAUGGGAAAGCUUAGUUCUCUCAAAGGGCUUAAUCUUUCUCAUAACAACCUUAUUGGUCAUAUUCCACCGUCACUAAGGAAUUUGACAAAUCUGGAAUGGUUGGAUCUCUCUUCCAACGAGCUGGCGGGGAAAAUUCCUGAUGAAUUGGUAUCUUUGACACAACUCUCUGUAUUGAAUCUUUCAAAUAAUCAUCUUGUCAGGCGCAUACCACAGGGCAAUCAGUUCAACACCUUUGGAAAUGAUUCUUAUGAAGGAAACCCUGGACUGUGUGGAAUUCCAUUAUCAAAAUCUUGUGAUGGAAAUGGGACACAGUCGAGCUCCUUCCAAGAAAAAGAUGAGUUGUGGAGAUUUGGCUGGAGAGUUGUGGUGUUAGGCUAUGGAUGUGGAGUUGUUUUUGGACUGCUGAUGGGAUAUCUUGUCUUCCGAACAGGAAAACCAAAAUGGUUUGUGUCUUUAUUUGAUGGCCGACCAAGUCAAAGUGGAAGGAAGAUGAGGAAAGCCAAAAGACUUGUUCAAAGAAGAAGGUAGUUGCAAAGUUUGUGAGCUGAAUCGUUGGUUAGUGUUCUUUCCCUGUUAUCCACAAGCUGCUGCAUCUUUAUAAUGUUAAGCUAUUGCUUUAUUUCAUUAUUUUUGCAGUUUUAAGAUUUCUGACCUAGUUCCCUCUAUUUGUCUCAGAGCCAUUUUAUGGUACAAUUUGCUUAUACAAUAGGGAGAGGAGAAAAUUUGUCAGAAGAUUUCUAUUUUAGCAUUCUACCAACUGAAAUGCAGGAUGUAAGCCUUAAAACUAAUUUAGCAUUAAAUUCUUUGGUGCUUUGGUUUUUCACAUUGAUGACUUAAAAAUCCACUCUUUCUCAUUUACCUGGACAGACUAAUAAAGUAUCUUCAGAACC